ACCUGCUCCGGCAUUUCGAGUUACUUGAUCGGUUAAAACUUCCAGUAAUUACUCCUAAGACGCACUCCAGGGCUUUCUCCGGCAAGUGGCGUUGUUCCGGGGUGAUUGUUCGGUCGUGUAUUUGAUGGUUUAUAGGGAUAGCAAUUAACGCGAAAUGAGACGAUUCGCGCUGCUUCUGCUUGUUCUGAUUAGUUCUGGCUUGGUUACUUGUCAUGAUCACAAAAGCUCCCACAAACAACACACAGUCAACGGAAAGUACCGCAGCAUAAAAAAGCACAGCAAGACCAUUGAUGAAGGUCCACCCCCCGACGAAGUUCAUGAUAUAGCGACGGCUCAAGUGAAUUCAGGCGGGCAGUCAGCCACAGCACUUGGAAGCAACUCUGCCCAGGUUAGCAACAUGGCGAAGGGAGGGCUAGCGGUACAAGGCGGACAAAUGAAUCAGAUGAGACAAGGCGGACAAAUGAAUCAGAUGGGACAAGGCGGACAAAUGAAUCAGAUGGGACAAGGCGGACCAAUGAAUCAGAUGGGACAAGGCGGACAAAUGAAUCAGAUGGGACAAGGAGGUCAGAUGAAUCCGUUCGGACAAGGAGGUCAGAUACAACCACAGAUGGGAGGAAAUCAGAACAACCCGUAUAAUCCAUAUGGCUCCAGCCCGUAUAACCAUGGCGUUAACAACAUGGGAAACCAGUACAUGCCUUACAAUAGCAUGAACGGAAUGAAGCAGGGGGCGAUGAACUAUGGCGGGCAACUUCAAGCACCUCAACAACAACAACAUCAACUACAACAACAACAGAAGCCAGAGGAAAAUAAGAAAGCCAAAGGCAAAUAUGAACCAAAACAGCCUAACACACAACCAAUGAUGGCCAACAGCCCAUACCCUAGUAAUGGCUACCCUGGAAACGGUUAUCAAAGCAACGGACAAAACCAGUGGAGGAUGAGCCCUUAUGAACAGCAGAUGAUGCAGCAGAACAUGAUGGAGAUGGAGCAAAUGAUGAACGAGCCUAUGCCAGACAUGGGCAUGGACUGCGAUAUGGAGAACAUGAUGAGCUCGAUGACGCCCACUGACAUGGAAAAUAUGAUGAAAACACCGUGUCCAGGUCCUGGAAAAUCUGGUGUAAAAGUAUCCAAACCUGCUCCUGGUGUGACAGUGGUCACGAUCAAUCCAGCAGAUGCACAAAUAAGCCCUAGCCCUAAAAACACAGCUGCGGCCCAGUCGACGCCUUUAUGUAACAGCCCUGGUGCCAAGAACACAGCUUUAAAUACUGCUCAGUCAUCGCCAAAAAGUAGCAGUGCAGGUUCCGGAAACACAGUCAUCCAAACAGGGCAGUCGAAGGACAAGAAAGUACCAGCGGCAGACAGCCCGAUAACAAUUCCUUCGAAGGAAGAUAAAGUAUCAUCUGCAGACGAUACUAUGACAAUUCCCGCAAAAACACAACACAUAAAUAGCUCAUCAUCUAGCAAGGAGUUAAAUACAGAAAGUCCUAAGACAGCGCUAAAAGUACCACAAUUGUCUGACAGCACUGCGGACAAUGGGAAAUUAAACUCGGCAUCAGGCGAAGCAGCAAGUACUCCCACAAUUGACAGCGCCAAGCUAGGAAGCCUCAAGAAACAAGAAGAGGCUAAGGAUGAGGCGCCAGCUGGAGGCGCCAUAAUCGAUUUCUCGGGCUCGCGCAAGUCAUUGUUGAACAAAAUCCGAACAAAACUCCGCAAAGCAAUGGCUAAGAUGGCUAAGCACCGGAAAAGCAGCGGCUAAAACUGCUGGGACUGGUUUGGGACUUGGCACAACACGUGUGGUUUAGCGCAAAAUGAUUCUUUAACCAUUCUUUUCAGGACUAUUUGUGACAAUGGAUUCUCUAAUACUCUCUAAGUAACCUGACUAAAGCAUACGCAGAGGUAAUACGGGCACAUAGUUAUGUGUUUUCCUGACAAUGCGUGGCAUGUUUGCUCUGCUUGAGUGUGUGACAUGGUGUCAUACCGAGUAGCCUGGAGUGCGUGACAUGGCAUUAAACCAAAUAGAUAGAAUUGAAGGCUUAGCUUAUUAAACCAGGCACUGCCUGUACGCGAACCAACAAAGUUACCUACCUUAGGCCUAAGUCAAUCGGCGUGUCAGCUUCGCACAAUUCUUGUUAGGUUAAGGUCCGACCAUAGAUCGGUCACACAGUAAAUGUGAGGUCAAGAUGCUUAUUAAUCCGAUUUCGUUCGGAAUUAACUUGCGUGCUAACGUCACGUUAUCUGUCGAACCUUUCUAGGGCAGCACGGUGAUGAGACUCUGGCAUGCUGUCGAUACUGCUGGAACAAACAAUUGGCAUGUUUUGCUUCUAAAGCAACAUGCGAUCUACGCCAUGUAGCUUAAGAAGCGUAUUCAGGUCUGUCGAUGAAUUAGAAUGUAAAUUGUAAAGCUUUCUCUUGGCUAUAAUCAAAACGGUUCAGAUCUGCAGAGGAGAGAAAAAGUACACUUUGUCGAAGAGCUUAGACAGAUAGCGAGUAACAUGCUAAAAUAUGACAUUUUCUACUAGUUAAAUUUUUCGAUUUCCAAAAUUUUAAGCCUUCUUUAAUAAUUAUUGUAAUUUUAUUGAACAAACUGAACAUAUAUAUAUAAGAUAAGAGUAUCAUAAGCUUAUUCAAUAAAAACAUUGAAUUUUUUUAUGAA